AUGGGCAAGCUCCUUCAGCCACCACCAUGCUACACCGACGACCCUGACGCCUUAUCGCUCCACACCACUCCAGACGACUACCCAUAUGCCGACCUACCCGGGGCUUCUGGACUCCCGCCCUCCUACGACGACAGUGAAGCCAGCAACACUGCUGCCGGUGCUUCAGCAGUCCCAAUCCACCAUGUCGCUCCACCUACGACGCGAACCGACCACAACAACCCCAGCUUCAAGAAGGGCAGGCCCUGUGUGAUGGAGACGGUCGACGUUAUGGAGCCCACGUAUGACACCGACCCGGCCAAGCUCGAGGACGCUAUCCGGACAUAUGCUAGAACGUCACCCGUGCCCGUGGUGUACAUCAUGGGCACCCACAAGGAAACGGUCAAAAAGGGGGACAAAAAAGAGACGCAGGAUAUCACAGACUUCCGCCUCGCCAUCAACCUCCGCCGCUACAUCCACUACAACUUUGAUGAAACAGACACGUCCACAAUGUCCCUCGUCACCGCCUCCAACGGCGAGAAAACUCACCGCGGCACCAUUCUCAAGAAACGUGCGCCGGGCGUCAAGCAAGACAUUGAAGUUGGCAGCGCCGCAGCUCCCACGCUGACCGAGUGGUGCCACCGCUACUGUGCCUCGCCGCGUGCCCUUCGCAUCUUCCGCCUCCGCCGCCAAGUCACCGGCCUCGACGAGACACACCUCAGGAACCGCAUCGAAGGCCUCAUCCGCUCGACAAACUACCGCGGCGACAUCCGCGUCACAUUCCCCGUUGAGGAGCGAAAUAUUGACAUUUACACGUCCACCCGCAUCAAUGCUCUCCGCCUAAAACGCUGGGUGUGCUGGCUCUUCUACCUGACGUUUCUCUGGAUCUUCUCCUGGCCAAUUCUGUUCUUCGCUACAAAGCGAUAUGCAGUCGUGCGCGCCGAAUGGCCUUUUUCCAGCGUCGACGAGCAUGGCAAUAAAAGGUACACGACUGUCAGCGAGGAACAGUGGUUCGAGAUGUGGCAGGUGGCGAUUCGUCGGCUGGUACUGGAUCGCUUCCAGGGCGAGGCCAGCGAGGAAAUGAUGCGCGGUGUCAUGCAAAGACCAGAGGACCCAAGGACUCCUGGGUCGCUGACGGGGCAUGCGGGUGUAGAUGGUGCGCUGGGUGUGCUGAGCCAGGGAAUGAGGGUCGCGAGGGCGAUCCAGGGAGGUAACGGGCUCGAGGUGAAUUUUGGAAGGGGAAAUGUACAGGGCGGAUGGGGGUAUGACUGUUGA